AUGGCGAUUCUCAUUGCAUGCGUCCUGAUUGUCUUGGCCACCGUCUGGAUUGUGAAGCAGCGAUAUCAGGCCGCAAGGCGGCUGCCGUUACCCCCUGGACCACCUGGACGUUGGCUGUUAGGAAGUGCAAUGCCAAAGUCAUAUGCACCGUUUCAAUUCGCGAAAUGGACAGAACAAUACGGACCUGUGUUCUCGCUCAAACAAGGCCAUAAGAUUUUCGUGAUUAUAGGACGUCAUCAGGCUGCAGUGGAUAUAAUGGAAAAAGAGGGAGCAAAUCUUGCCGACCGCCCAAGUUCUAUUGCAGUCCAAGACACAUUAUCUGGUGGGUUGAGAAUGAUUCUCGAAGGCAGUGGUGAGAGAUUGCGCCGGCUGCGCAGGGCCUUGCAUGCAGGCUUGCAACCCAAGGUUGCAGAGACUUACGAGCCCAUCCAGACUAGACAUUCGAAGAAUCUGGUUCUGGAUAUCUUAAAUGAUCCAAAGAACCACCAAGGUGGUAAUACGAGGAUUUUAGUUAUUCAGCUUCGGUGGUCAUGUCCUUCACAUAUGGAAAAACCUACUCCGACUUCAUACACAGACCCUGAAAUCGUUGCCGUCAAUCGGUGUCUUGCGCAUUUUGGCCAAGCUAUCCAGCCGGGAGCAUACCUUGUGGAUACGUAUCCAAUCCUGCGCUUCAUCCCAGGCUACCUGAGUCAGCUGAAGGCAUGGCACCAAGAAGAACUCGCUCUUUUUAACGGGCAGUUGGACGCUGUGCGAAGACAAAUGCGUGAGGGGACUGCAAAGCCAUCAUUUGCGAGGUUCAUUUUAGAACACCAGAAACAGUACCAGCUCGAAGACAAGCAACUGGGAUAUAUUGCAGGAGGAAUGUUUGCGGCUGGUUCUGAUACGACUGCGUCCGCAAUCACAUUUAUGAUCAUGGCUGCUGCCAUUCACAGGGAUGCGCAGGCUCGUGUACAAGAAGAACUCGAUGACGUCGUGGGGCGUACACGGCUGCCGACGUUUGCUGAUCAGGAAAUGCUGCCGCAGGUUACUGCGUUCAUGCUCGAGAGUCUCAGAUGGAGACCUGUCAAUUUUGGAGGCUUUGCACAUCGUGCGACAAAGGACAUCAUUUGGAACAACUACCUCAUUCCUGCAGGUGCGACUGUGAUUGGGAACCAUUGGGCUAUUGCAAAUGAUCCUGAGGUUUUCCCAGAACCACACAAGUUUAAUCCUCAGCGUUGGAUGGACGAUGCGGGGCGUGUGCGCGGUGAUCUCAAGUUUUUCGCUUUUGGUUUUGGCCGCCGAGUGUGUCCUGGUCAACAUGUCGCGAAUCGGUCCAUCUUCAUCAACACGGCCCUUAUUCUGUGGGCUUUCCGCCUUUCAGAGAAUCCUGCAGCAAAGAUUGACACGCUUGCAAUCUCGGAUACUGCAACCGUACAUGCUGCUCCGUUUGAGGUAUGUUUAGAGAAGAGGAUCGACGAGAAUGUGAUCAGGGAACUAUGCGCACCGGGGCAGUAAAGUCGUUUAUCUAGGAACUUGAAAGUUCUCAUUGUACUCGUAUCAUAUGUGUUGGCGCCGGCGUCCAUCGUCUUUUCACAAUAAUAAAGGCUUUCUUGCCUCUCACCAAAAGCUUUUGACCUUGGUUGUCACGAGUUUUUGUCGAACAUAGCUUUAUUUGUAGUUCAUGCAACACGCGAUGCGUCUUAUCUGAUGUAGUAUACUGUGUUAUGUCGAUUAACCAACAAAAU